AUGAAAGUAGUACUUAGCUUCGUUUUACUACUCAACACACUGGCGUCUGGCAUGCGCCGUGGACCCCACCACCCGCAGGGUCAGUCCUCGAAGAGCAAACAUCACCACCACAGGCCGCGGGGCGGUGAAUCAUUGAUUGGCGAGACUGGAGUAUUGCACGACGUAAAGCAUAUAGAGGAAGACAACAAAGUUCUGACUCCGGAGGCUCUAUCACGGAUGACGCCCGAGGAACUUGAAUUUCACUACUUCUCUGCCCACGACUUCGACAGAAACUCGAAAUUGGAUGGUUUAGAAUUGUUGAAGGCAGUGUAUCAUACCAUAGACGAAGAAGAUCAUGAUUCGGAGUCCGAAUUUGCUAUAGAACCAGAAGCUAACGAUUUGGAGGCUUAUAUCGAUCUAGUCGAUCGCACUCUGGAGUACGACGACUCGGAUGGCGACGGGUACGUAUCGUAUGCAGAAUAUCGCGCGGCGAGAUUGAGGAACCCGUCAGACAGAACUCCGAGAGUUGUCGCAGCGAAUUCGCCGCCU